CAAGCGGCAGCCCCCAGCACCAGCUCGAGCCCAGAGCUUCCAACACCAAAAACUAGACUCUCCUCAGAUGGAGCAACCACAACCCGCGCCCGGGUCUCUGACCUGGCGCCUGAGCUCACACCCAAUCACACUCCUGACCUUCUUGGGAUUUCGAGUUUCCAGUCUGCUUGUCUACCUCUUCGGCCUCCUCUUCACUGAUAACCUUGUCAUGAUCUUCAUCAUCACCAUCCUCCUCCUUGCUGCCGACUUCUACUACCUCAAGAAUAUUGCCGGCCGCCGGCUGGUCGGGCUGCGCUGGUGGAACGAGGUGGACCCGUCGACGGGCGACUCACACUGGGUGUUUGAGAGCAGCGAGCCCGGCACCAAGGUCAUCAACCCAACCGACAGCCGCUUUUUCUGGUUGGCCAUCUACAUCCAGCCGGUAUUCUGGAUCCUGCUUGCGAUCGUGGCUUUCUUGACGUUCAAGUUCAUCUGGUUGCCGCUUGUUGCUAUUGCACUCGUCUUGACAAUAACAAACACUCUUGCCUUUUCGCGAUGUGACAAGUUCAGCCAGGCAUCGAAUCUGGCGGGCAGCGCAUUUAGCGGCGGUAACCUGGCCGGGAGUAUUGCGAGCAACAUGGUCGGGAGGUUCUUUUCGAGGUAAAGAGAUGGCCGCGAAAAUGUACAACCCAGCCGCGACCCCUGAUGUGCUUUCGGCGCUCUCUUGGGGGGAAAAUGUGGCGAGAGAACAGCACGAUGACAGCAGGACUGAAACCGGUAAUCGAUGCACCAAGGAUGCAGGUGGGGGUGCUGCAGUGUAUGAUUACGAGUGCUAGGGAUCUGGCGUUUAUCCGGGCAGAGAAGGACUUCAGAAUCGGUUGUUUGCUUGCACAUCUCGUUGCAAACACGCGUCGUGAACAGCUCUGCGAAGAAGGAUGCAGUAACGUUCUGGUCAACCUCUGAGAGAGAUAGCCGGGGGUCCCCCCCUCCCCCCCCCC